CGAAUCAAAAGUACGUACUAUGUGUAUUGUUUACUUCUCCUUUUCUAUUGCUCCCUCCCUCCCAAGAAACAUUUUGGUUUAAGAUGUUUGGUUUAAGAUGAGUGACGAUAAAGCAACUUGAUUCUUGUUCACACUCAAUUCAUUUUUAAUAAAUAAAAUUCACAUAUUCUAUUAAACCCAUAUGGGCCUUAUUAAUUGUAUUCUUAUUGUAAAUUAGCAAUGAUUAAGAAUGAAAAAAAAUCUCCCUAGGGCUUGGCCGCUAGGGUUCUCCGACUUCCGCUCUCAGAUACUUCUGAGGUGCGGCCUUCUUUUUUUGAGCUUUGUUUUCGUUUCGAGCGGGGAUACGGCCCUCGUGUGGUGGCUGCCAGUUUCGAAGCAGCAACUUUGAUGAAUCAAUGGAUGACGUGGUUCACCAAUACAAACAUAUGGUUAUUGGGGAUGACAAGGAAGAGGUGUUCUUCGAUGAAGAAGAUGAAGGAGAGGUUUCGCACAAAGGUACGGCUGAUUUUCCUGUGGUUGGAGUAAUUCUGACUGAUCGAAAAAUAAAAUUUCAAAUUUUCAAAGAAUUGAUGGCCUCGUUGUGGAGACAUGUGAAAGGUGUUUCAAUUCAGAAAAUUGGCGACAAAAGGAUGCAGAGAGGCAAGAUUGGAAGGAGACUACAGACACUAGAAAUAGCUCUAUCAAGGAAGGGAACUCAGUUAGUCCAGAGGAGACUUCGGGGGAGCCUAAGCAAAGAAGAACCUGGGAGGAAGGGAGACAGGAUGCUAUCACAGAGGAAGGCAUGGCACUUGACGGACAAAAAAACGGAGCGGUGGCAGACCUCCUGUAGGUCCGCCGAUCUAUGUUGGGUGUCGGAGAAGAUCAAAGGAGGCGUCGGUGGAGAUGCUCCUGGCUUUGGAGAAGAAUAAUUAUUUUAUUGCUAUUUUAUUUUGGUUGUUGUUGAUCAGACUACGUUUUUUCUGUUGUUUUUCUUUCAAUGGUAAGACUCUUGCAUUAGGAUCGGGUGAGUUUGGGUCUGUUUCAAUCGUCUAUGGCUCAGGUUUGCCCAUUAAUGGAUCAGCGAGUUAUAUUGCUUGUUUGAAGCUGAUUAACUCCAAGUCUGGUUCGCGGGCUGACGGUUGGAUGUGGCUCUUUACUCUUUUUACUCCCUUUCUAAAUGCUAAUGCCUUGAUAUCAAUUUAAGCCCCC